AUGACUUGGGAUGAGUUUGUGGAACUCUUCAGGAAGAAGUACUUCCCGCCUUCAGUGAGGGAACAGUUGGAAAGAGAAUUCAUCUCGCUAGUCCAAGGGACUAUGAUUGUGAGGGAUUAUGAGGCCAAAUUCUCAAGGCUGUAUCGGUUUGUGAGACAGAUGGAUGCUGAGAGUUUGGCUAUGAAGUUUCAGCGGAGGCUGAAUGCUUCGAUUAGGCGCGAUGUCGCUGUUCUGGAACUGAAGACGUUGGAGCUCAUUUUGGCUAAGGCUUUGGCCAUUGAGCAGGAAAACCAGACUUUCCAGGAACAUGAGUCGGCUGAGAGGGACUCCCAAAGGAAGGGAAAGGCAACUACUGAGAGCAGUGAAGGGACAGGCAAUCAGGGUGGGUCCUGGAAGAGGUGGAUGACUCAUCAACAGGUGCCAGCUAGGGAAGUAGCUGCACCUAUGGGGCAGGUGGCACUUGUGAGGUGUUUCAAUUGUGGUGAGAUGGGCCAUACUACCAAGGGUUGCAUGAAGCCGAAGAAUGUAAUAUGCUUUAGAUGUGGCCAGGCAAGGCAUUACUCCAGGGAUUGUACCCAGGCACAUGGUGGGGGACAAAGGAAUCAACAAAGGCAAUUACCUCAGGCAAAUGUGAGGAUGUUUGCUGUUGGUCAGCAGGGUGCUAAGGAAGAAGGUGCCUUAUCUAUUUCUACUUGUGUUGCUCGAAUGACGUGUGAUAGUAGUGUACUUCUUUUCGUGUGUUGUGUUGUGUUGGGUUUUGAUGUUGUCUAUAGUUAG